GCUCCCGCGGGCGGAUACGCCAGAAGAGGAGGUCGGGGAAUGGCCGCGGUGUGGCAGCAGGUCUUAGCAGUAGACGCGAGGUACAACGCGUACCGCACACCAACGUUUCCACAGUUUCGGACACAGUAUAUCCGUCGGCGCAGCCAGCUAUUACGGGAGAAUGCCAAGGCUGGGCACCCCCCAGCACUGCGUCGGCAAUACCUGAGGCUGCGUGGGCAGCUUUUGGGCCAGCGAUACGGGCCCCUCUCCGAACCAGGCAGUGCCCGCGCCUAUAGCAACAGCAUCGUUCGCAGCAGCCGCACUACCCUAGACCGCAUGGAGGACUUUGAGGAUGAUCCUCGGGCCCUGGGGGCCCGUGGGCACCGCCGUUCUGUCAGCCGAGGCUCCUACCAACUACAGGCACAGAUGAACCGUGCUGUCUAUGAGGACAGGCCACCUGGCAGCGUGGUACCCACAUCAGUAGCAGAAGCAAGUCGAGCCAUGGCUGGGGACACAUCACUGAGCGAGAACUACGCCUUUGCAGGCAUGUACCAUGUUUUCGACCAGCACGUGGAUGAGGCAGUCCCAAGGGUGCGCUUCGCCAAUGAUGACCGGCACCGCCUGGCCUGCUGCUCACUCGACGGCAGCAUCUCUCUGUGUCAGCUGGUGCCUGCCCCGCCCACCGUUCUCCGUGUUCUGCGGGGCCAUACCCGCGGUGUCUCCGACUUCGCCUGGUCCCUCUCCAAUGACAUCCUCGUGUCCACCUCGCUUGAUGCUACCAUGCGUAUCUGGGCCUCUGAGGAUGGCCGCUGCAUCCGGGAGAUUCCUGACCCAGACGGUGCCGAAUUGCUCUGCUGCACCUUCCAGCCAGUCAACAACAACCUCACUGUGGUGGGGAAUGCCAAGCAGAACGUGCAUGUCAUGAACAUCUCCACAGGCAAGAAAGUGAAGGGUGGCUCCAGCAAGCUGACAGGCCGGGUCCUUGCUCUGUCCUUUGACGCCCCUGGCCGGCUGCUCUGGGCAGGCGAUGACCGUGGCAGUGUUUUCUCCUUCCUCUUCGACAUGGCCACAGGAAAACUGACCAAAGCCAAGCGUCUGGUGGUGCAUGAGGGUAGCCCUGUGACCAGCAUCUCUGCCCGCUCCUGGGUCAGCCGCGAGGCCCGGGACCCCUCGCUGCUCAUCAAUGCUUGCCUCAACAAGCUGCUGCUCUACAGGGUGGUGGACAACGAGGGGACCCUGCAGCUGAAGAGAAGCUUCCCCAUUGAGCAGAGCUCACACCCUGUGCGCAGCAUCUUCUGCCCCCUCAUGUCCUUCCGCCAAGGGGCCUGUGUGGUGACCGGCAGCGAGGACAUGUGCGUGCAUUUCUUCGAUGUGGAGCGGGCAGCCAAGGCUGCCGUCAACAAGCUGCAGGGCCACAGUGCACCUGUGCUGGAUGUCAGCUUCAACUGUGAUGAGAGCCUGCUGGCUUCCAGUGACGCCAGUGGCAUGGUCAUCGUCUGGAGGCGGGAGCAGAAGUAGGUCCUGCCGUGUCCAUCUUCCCACCCACCUCCUGUUCCAGCCUUGUGUUUGUAAAUAAAGUUCCUGUGGUUGUGCCCA